CACGGGACCCUCUGCCACAUCGCCUGCCCAAAACAGCAAGACCUGCUCAUUUCAGCAACUCUCCCAUGGCAGCAGAGCAUGCAUGAAACACAGCCCUUAGCCCAGGCCCAGGCUGCAAUUGGCAGCUCUUUGCUCAGUCUUAUCCCAAUAUUAAAAGGCAGCAUCAGCACCCAGUGUCGCUUGGAUCUGGUUUGCCUGAGUGCUCUGUCUCCGGAGCUCAGCCUGCAGUUUUCUUCAUUGUUAAAAGACCAUGCACAGGGAAAUGCGAGUCCUUCCCACAACCCUCCGCUGCUUGCCGCCCUUCUGCACCCCGCUGUCCCACCGGCCGAGGGAGACAGCAGAGAGCAUGCCAUAAGCGUAGCCCGGAGGAGGGGGCUGCCUUGCGUCCUAUUUGAGUUCAGGACAGAGCCUAAUAAAGCCAAUGCUUUCUUCUCUUUCCAGGUCAGUGUUGGACACACUGUAUGAGACAUCCCAGCUCCAGCAGUACGCAGCGUCUGGGUGCCCAUCGGGUGACUGGGAACAGCGCAGUUUGUUACUGAGCUGACUAAGUGGAGGAAGCUCUUGCUCUUCUUGCACCACCAGGCCAGACAAUCCUUCCCUUGGCUGAAGAUUAUGUUGGAUCUCUUCCCAUAAUGGAAGCGUGAGUGCCAAGAUCCUCCAUGACCUCCAGAAGCCACAACUCCUUACCGAGAACUCUGAUGGCUCCACGAAUGCUUUCCGAAGGUGCCCUUGGGGGCAUCGCCCAAAUCACCCCCUCGCUGUACCUGAGCAGGGGCAGCGUCGCCUCCAACCGGCACCUGCUCCUGUCCCGGGGAAUCACCUGCAUAAUCAAUGCUACCAUUGAGAUUCCCAACUUUAACUGGCCCCAGUUUGAAUAUGUGAAAGUGCCUUUGGCUGAUAUGCCCAAUGCCCCCAUUUCCCUGUACUUCGACAGUGUCGCUGACAAGAUAAACAGCGUGGCACGGAAGCACGGGGCCACCUUAGUCCAUUGCGCAGCCGGUGUAAGCAGGUCGGCCACCCUGUGCAUUGCCUAUCUGAUGAAGUACCACAAGGUGACCCUGUUUGAGGCUUACAACUGGGUCAAAUCAAGACGUCCCGUUAUACGCCCCAAUGUGGGCUUCUGGAGGCAACUGAUAGACUACGAGAGGAAGCUCUUUGGGAAGACGACGGUUAAAAUGGUACAGACACCAUAUGGCAUCAUCCCAGACGUUUAUGAGAGAGAGAGGAGACCCCUGAUGCCUUACUGGGGAAUUUAAUGUGACUGCACACAGGAAGCACAACAGAAGGGACUCGCUGUUCUGAGUCUACCAGACUGGAGACAUUCCCUUCUCUUUCUACAGCCAACUUUGGUUCUUUACCAUACAGCAGAACCUCAACUAAUUCUCACCUCACUAACCUGCAAGGUCAACAAUUCCCUUCAAAGCAUUUCUCUCUACAGGGAUUCCCCAAUCCAUAUUUCUCUGAUUUAGCAGACUUAUAAGUUUAUUCCUUUCAUAAAGCCUCCCUCUCUUUUUAAGUCAGUUUAUUAGUAUCCUACAAGGAAAGGCCUAAAAGGCAUUUGGCAGAGUUAAUGAACAAAGUAACGCUUUGUGAUGCGGUAGCCUGGAUAUUUCUUUAAUAGCUUGUUUGCUUCCUUGCAAAAUCCUGUAGCGGCUAGGGAGCAGCACUAG